UGUAAAACACGACAUAGCAACAGCUGUUUUCCACAAACUGUAAACAAAUCGCAGCGAUAUUUUUAAAUAAUGCACAUUUUGCAACGAUUAUUUUGCUUGCCAGCAAAAACACCAAUACACAGCUAUUUGCGUUACUACGCCAAAAGACCAAAGUGGGCCAUGACAAGCAGUCGUCGCAUGGUGCACCAGGAGCUGUUGCGUUAUGUAAAUCCCUACGCACGCAUUAAUAUCAAAUCUGAUAUAUUGUUGCAUGUGGAGCCAGCCGAUGUCCAUGUGCACACCAAUGGAGAUGUCAUCAUAGCACAACUGCUCGGCGGUGCUGUUGCCAACAGCAACGCCAAACUGGAUGUGGAUGUCGUAGAUGAUGACAAAGUCGUUAAUGUACUGGUCAAGAAGCUAACAGAGCAAAGCUCGCAGUUUAAGUGCCUUUUAAAGAUUCCUAUUCGCGCUGAGUUACACAUAGAGGGGGAGGCUAAAGUCUCCGUACGGGGCAUCGAUGGUGAUGCACUAAAGAUCAAGGCAGUCGGUGAUAUUGUCACCAAAAAUGUACGAGCCACACACAUUUCACUCUCCAGCGAAAAUGGAAACAUCAGGUGUGAGAGCACACUUCUGGGCAAGUCCACUGAAAUUGAGACUCUAAAUGGUAACAUCAGUCUGGAUAAGCUGCAGGGCGAUAGCUUGACAUGCUCCACACAGGCGGGCGACAUCAACACCGACUGUUGUUAUGUGGAGAAAUCGAAAUUUGAGACGAUCACCGGACGCAUGGAACUGAAUAAUGUGCACAAGACGUGCGAGGUGUAUGUGCAUCAGACGGGUGCCUUGAAGAUGACUGGCGUUAAUGGCAAUCUGAAUGUGAUUGCCAAAGGUGGCAGCCUGAAUCUCCAGCUGUCCAAGCUGAAUGGCAAAAGUCAGAUUGUGGCCCAGAAUCUAGAGGACGAGGCCAUCAUCAACAUAUCGGAAGCCAUCGAAAAUAUCAACAUUAACGUUCAGGCCUGCCAGGUCAGUCUCAACUAUGAGCUGGAGCAUGUGUCGCAUGCGCUAAGCGAGGACAAGAGCAAAUUUCAGUUGACCAACGCAAAUGAACAUCAUUUGGUAAUCAGCAGCACCGGAGAGAACGGUGUGCGCCUAGGCAAACAAUCCUGGAUGGACACAAUGCGUCAAAAAAUGAACUUAGGCGACGAAGCUUAAGCAAGGAGUAUUUCUUUGGACCUGACAAAACAUCUCAGAACUAAAUCUCUAUACACAAAAGAUGAUUUUAAAUUGAAAGUGCAAAAUUCCUAGUGACUAAUAAGGGCUUCAAAGUUAUUUAAAGUUUUUUUUUCUUUCUAUAUAUAUCUAUAUGUAUAUAUAAUAAGUAUAAGUAUGUAUUAAUGUAUGUUUGUAUUGUGUGCAUAUAUGCAACAAUGUUCAGUCCA